AUGAGCAUCCGGACGCCACCCACACUCCUGGAGCUGGCAGCAAAGCGCCUGCUGAGGGACCAGGCCUCGGCCAUCGCAGCUCUGGAGUACCUGCCCGCCGAGCUCUUCCCGUACCUGUUUGCCAUGGCCUACUGUGGUGGAGGCCACCCCCAGCUACUGAAGGCAUUGGCCCAAGCCUGGCCCUUCACUGUCCUCCCUCUGGGGGUCCUGAUGCAGCGUCCCCCUGAUCAUGCCCCAACCAGGGCUGCGGACUUAAAAGCCGUGUUUGAAGCGCUUGACGUUCUGCUUUUCCAGAAGGUUCGGCCCAGGAGGUGCAAACUGCGGGUGCUGGAUUUAAGGAACACGGGUGCCAACUUCUGGUAUAUGUGGCUUGGAGUCAGCACUGAGAAUUGCUCACCAACCGGACCAGUGGCUGUGCACAGCUCCAGCCCCAACAUGGAGCACCCCCUGGCUCCCUUGGAGGUGUUCCUAGACCUUACGUUCAGUGAAAGGGACCAGGAUAAGAUUUUCAUGCGCAUCAUCCAGUGGGCCCAGCAGAGGGAAGGGUUGCUACACCUGUGCUGCAAGGCACUGAGGAUUUCUGGGGUGCCCUUCCAGAGGGUCAGGGGGGUCCUGGAUGGGGUGAGGCUGGACUGCAUCCAGGAGGUGUACGUGAACUGCACCUGGGACCUGCCCACCCUGGGGACAUUUGCUCUCUACCUGGGUCAGAUGAGUAACCUGCAGACACUCUAUCUCCCCCGCAUCGAUGUGUUGGCUGAGGAGGAAGAGGACGAAGAUGAGCCCCUCGGAGCUCUGCUGGAGGCAGUGGCACCCACCCUCCAGACCCUGGGUCUGGAUAACUGUGGGAUGGCGGACUCCCAAGUCGAGGCCAUCCUGCCUGCCCUGAGCCGCUGCCACCAGCUCACGGGCUUCUCCAUCUGUAUGAACAACUUCCCCGUGGCCACCGUGGAGAAGCUGCUGCGCCACACAGCCGGGCUGCGCAGUUUAGAGGUCGAGGUGUACCCCAUCCCCCUGGAGUGUUACAACACCCAAGGGACUGUCAACCAAGAGAGACUUGCCCUGAUCCACGCUGAGCUCACGGGGAUACUGAGGGAGUUAGGACAGCCCAGGACCAUCUAUCUUACCACCAAGCAUCUUAGACAAAGGGAGUUUUAUAAGGUGGCGUUUUCAUGGAGCCCGUGA